AUGCCGAGGGGGAGAGGGAGAGGAGCGACCGCCUUCAGUAGCAGCCGUCCUGCCGACGUGGCGACAGCGAGGAAGGCGAUAUCGGUCACGAUGACCACGGAGCCUUACCGUGAUGUGGAGAGUCAGGAGUACAAGUCGAAGUCCAAACAGCCGUGGCAGCUCAAGUACCACGACAUAAAGACCAGGAGAGAUGUUGCCGACGCUAGGUCUAAGGCAAGAUUAGAAAUCUCGCUUCGCUCGAAUAAACUUGUUAACUCCUUGGUCCCUCUGAAGGCGUACGAUGGGCCACCUUUGAAGAUCAUUGUCACCGGAAAGCCGUCGAGCGGAAAAGGCAGCAUCAGCCCGAUGUUAUCGCGAGCCUACCGAGGGGUGUACAUUGCUUCCGGGAAUCUGCUAAGAUCAGAGGCCCAAGCGGAGACAUCGCUGGGGAAGAUAGCGAACGAGUUCAUGUCUCGGGGGGAGAUGCUCCCGUCUGAGGUUGUGUUGUCGCUCGUCACCAAGCGGCUGGCGCAGAGGGACUGCGCGCAGAACGGAUGGAUUUUAGACGGGUUUCCAAGAUCGCGGGAGCAAGCGGCAGAUCUUGGCGAGGAAGACAUCGUGCCGGACCUAAUCGUCAUGCUGGAGCGGCCGGAUGGACUGGUGAAGGAAUUCAUUUUGGGGCGAUGCACAGACCCUACCACGGGGGUGAUCUAUCAUCCCAAGUACGCAGAAACCUCUGAGGGCAUCAGGGAGGCAUACAAAGACGUCCCUAGCAAGGUAGUGGACUCCUCCAAAAGCGACCUUGACACAUUUGCAGAGGUGUGCGAUUUCGUGGAAGAGGUGGCCAAGGCCAAGGCGGAGCGGCUGGGUCCCGGCGGGAUGCGUGAGAUUCUGGAGAUGGGGGACAUAAGAAUGUCGGACGUUCAGCAACUGACAAAGGAGGAACAGCGGGCCUUCGAGGAGCAGCCCACCCUUCUUGCCGCGGCCCAGAGGUGCAACCGCUACGUGGCGUCGGACUUCAUCCCUGUCUACGUCGAAGACGUUAAGGUGGGAGCGGUCUCUAGCCAGUUCGCCAGCGAGCUCAACCUCUUCUCCAGCGGCGACGCGGUGAUGUUCAGGGCGAGCGUCCCGGGGGCCGGGCCCAUGGGCAUGGAGGGUCCCGCCUACGUGCUUGCGCCUUACGCCGCCAGCGUGGAGGAGAGGACUCGCGUCGUGAGCGGUCUUGUGCAGGGGUUGGUUGAUACUGGCGCCAUCCCGAAGGGGGCCCUGAGAAACGAACUCCAGGACGUGCGGUCGGCGACCGGAAAGCUGAGCGUGACAGGAGACGUGCUGUUUCGGCUAGAAAGAGCGGCGAUGAUCCACUUCGGUGUACCGUCGUACGGCGUACACCUCAACGGCUAUGUCAAAGCCACCGAUACCCAGCCAAUGAGGGUGUGGAUUGGCGUGAGGAGCGUCAGCAAAGCCACCUAUCCCGGCAUGUGGGACCAGAUGGUCGCCGGGGGGCAACCGGCUGGGAUGGGGUUUAAGGAGAACAUGCAGAAGGAGUGCGAGGAAGAGGCGAGUCUCCCUUCCAGCCUGUCCUGCAAGAUAAAGCCUACCGGCCAGGUUUCGUACCGUUACGGCACGAGGAAAGGGCUGAGCACCAAGUUCUUGUGCGUCUUCGACCUCGAGGUUCCGGAGGACUUCGUACCGUACAACGGGGAUGGCGAGGUGGAAGAGUUUCUCCUCAUGCCCGUGGAGGAAGCCCUCAAAACCAUUAAGACCGACCUCGCCAGAUGGAAGCCCAACUGCGCCUUGGUCAUGAUCGACUUCGCUCUUAGACAUGGGUUCCUAGACCCAGACCACCCGGAUUAUUUGGAGUUGGUUCACCAACUGAGGACAGGGCACACAGCAUCCACCUUCUAGAAUCCUUUCUUUAAGCAAGCCUGCGCACUUCGCCUCUUUUAGAAGAGUAGCGUCUUGCCGUGUUUCUUUUUGAUGAUUUUUUUAGUUUUGGACUGAGUGGGACCAGUGCUGCAAUAGUGAAGCAGGUCUGUUCGUGGUGAAAGUAUUCUGUAGAAGAAUAGAGGACGCACCAGGCUGUACCAGAGUGGGCGAAAGGACUGCCGGCGGCAACGUCUGAGUGUGAUGGUGGUGUGCAGCGUAGAACAUCGUCGUGUAUCAUACAUGAGGUAGAUAUGCUGGAGGGGUGGCGAAUCGGAUCACGUCGUUUCCGAUGUGAAGUGUUUCUCUUCUCCUGCGCGAGGCGGGAUGAUGAUCCUCGGUCUAUGACCUAUGACACCAUCUUGCAAGGGUUGCUGUGGAUCAGUGUUAGUUACGAAUUUUUAACAAGUGACAGACACAGCGAGCGAUCGUUUGGUGGUGUACUGCAGCAAUACAGCAGUGGUGUACCGUACGAUGGCCUGUGGUUGCCUCAAUUGUAGUGGACGGAUGGACGGACGGACGGUGAAGUUUUCCCGAUAUCGCUACGGGCCAGGGCGGCUCGCCUUGACCGGUUUCCUUUCCCGUCGUUCAUCUCUUCGCGAUUUGAUUGGAUUCAAAGGGCAGCCUAGCACUUCGGAGUAGACGUAUUGGUACAUCCCUGCUGUUUUUGUUCUCCGGAUCAAUUGAAGCGCAAGAAUGUGUGCAGGGUUCAUACUCGUUCUGCACAAAACACGCAGUCUAACUGCUGCGCUACAAUGCUGUAUCUGGCUAUACAACGUAGCAUAUCAUGGACGACGUGGUGGAAGUCGGAAUAUGUUUUUUUGUUGAACACUUCGUUGAACUUGUUUUGGGGGCGGUGGCUGGCUCCUGUUGGUUUGCUUUGUUUGACGGAACCCCCAGGUCCCGACCUAUUCAUAUAUUCUUUCUGUAGUUUUGUUUCCCCUGUUGUUCUUGUACGUUGUGGUGUUUGUUUCAUGUUUGGUUUUAAGAGGGCCGUGUGUAGAGCGACAGCCAGCCCACCUGUGCAGUAGAUAUAUGAUGCCGGUACAGAAAAUAUGCUGAAACGUGAGGUCGUGUGGUUUUAGUUCUUCUGUGUUUUGAGUCACCUCUACAAUAAUAAUAUAUCUAUCUCUGAUCAGAGUGACACCGGGGGGACGGA